AUGGCAAUGCAGCACUUGAUUCAGACGGCUGCGCUCGAGACGGCCCCAAAAUAUUCAUGGGCACGGGCCCCCAUCGCAACAGCCAUUUCUGGCGAUGGCAAAGGAUGGCUGUGGAACGGCGGAUCAGUGGUCUGGAAACGCUGCGCAUUCUCAGUAUUCUUUGUGGCUGGGCUGAAUGUCGCCGGUUUUCUGGUCCGCUUCGCCUUCGAAGCUGGUCCGGCGACGAACGGUGCAUUCUGGAUGCACAUGCACGCCGGACUCGCUUCUUUCUCCCUCGUCUAUGCCGUUGUCGUUGCGGUGACACGGGGGCGAUUGUCCGUGGUGGUCGUGCUGAGCAUGUUGACCAUCUGGUUCUCGAUCACUUUUGGCAUCUUCUUGCUGAUGACGAUGGCUGUAUCACUUGCGGCUAUAGAU